CGGAGGCAUUCCUCAUGUUCGGCCCGUGUGCCGCCGCUGGUGCCGGCCCCCUGGCGACCGGGCGGCCCCCGGGCCCGGCGCUGCCGUGGCCGCUGCCGCUGCUGGCGCUGCUCCCUCUGUUGCUGGCGGUGAUCAGCGCGCCGGUGGCCCGGUCAGCACCGGCUGUCCACCUUCAUGCGGCCAGAAGCCCCAUAUCCUCCGAGACGCUUGUCUAUCACACGGCCCCGGGCAGGCCCUCGAUCGGUAGCUCGCGCUCGAUGGACAACCUCCUCCUCUUGUUCCAGCAGCAGGACGCCCUGGACGCCGUGCCCGAGGUCCGGUGGGGGAGCUUCAUGCCGACCGACUUCACCUCGCGCGUGACUCGGCUCCGAAGCGCACCGCCCUCCCCGAAGCCGAUCAUGCACCUGCCGGUGGUUGACAACAGCGGGGAGAUGGCCUUCAUUGAGCAUACCGACCGGUGGGUGGGGCUCUUUGCCGGCGAUUUUGACUAUGCCCUGCCCGGGCCAUCGACCGAGCUCCUGGCCGGUGUCGGAGUAUCCACCGUGAGCGCGGAUCUCCUGGGCAUAUACCAACCAUUGAACGGCCCGUGGCGCGUCUAUAUGGCGACGCUUUCCGCGGGCGGCCUGACGGGAUUGAGCCACUCACUUCCGGAACUGCCGAGCCGGCCACAUGUUAGCCCUGGCAUCGGUCGAGCCUUCUAUCUGGCCAGCGAGCACCGGCUUUUCCACCUGCUAGUUGGGGGCAAUCACGUCGCCCAAUUCGAUCUCAGCAUUUCGGCAUCGGUGCGCCGGAUGGCCGUUUCGCGGAUCCUCUCCCGGGAAACGGUCUGCCCGUCCGCGGCCGAUGUGGUCCUGCUCUUGGACUCGCACAGGGUGAUGAUCCUCCCCUGCCAUCCCGACCCGGGCUUCCAGGAGAGCAUGCUGGUGGCCGAUUUGCCGGCCGGCGCCACGGCCGACGGGGACUUCAUCACCCCCCCGGCCCCGGCCAUGACCGAGGCAUUCCCCUUCCUGCAUUACCUGGACUCGAAUGGCGCGCUGUGGCGCGCCGACGUCGCCCCUCUCACCGGCAUCACCUGGCGUCGUGUCCUUCUCUCCGGUGUGUCGUUGUUCAGCGAUUUGCAGCUGCUUCGGUUGAAAACCACGGCCUCCGGGCCCGGGGCCUGGACGCUUGUCAGGCACCAUGUGGCCCUCUUCGACUCGGAGGCCUUCGGCUGCCACACCGAUCCGAGCAUCAUCUGCGAUGCCGACGGGGUGGUGACCGGGUCACCAGUUGGGUGGACUUGCGCUCUGGACCGCACGGAGUCGCCCUUCGCCCUGCCUGGUCAACUAUGUGCCGGGUGCCCGGAUGGCUUUUUCCUCGACCGUCCAGCCGACGAGCCGGCCUUCUCAAGCCCGAGCCAUGGGUGUCGCCCCUGCUGGCAGUACAGCUGCCGGACAUGCAACCAGGACCAUUGCCUGGCCUGCUUCCAUCCUCUGCUCUUGGAGCCCAGCGGCCCGGGCGGGGCCACCAUUUGCGUGGCCAGUUGCUCGGAAAACUACGCCCCCCUCGCCGGCGUCUGCCAACGGGUGGACAUCGCCCGGGCCGACCUCAGCAUGCGGAGCCCGCUCCCGGACUCGCCUGGCGAUCUCCCAGCGGGGAGGAUCAUCACCGGGGCCGGUGAGACGUGCCUCUCCUCGGGCGGGGCCAGCACCCUUCCCAUCAUCACCUCCCCUGCGUUGCCCUGUCCGCGGAAUAUCCUCCUCUUUUCCGGGUCCCAGGAAUCGUGGAUCAUGGCCAACGCCGACAUCGGCAAGCCGGACAAGGCGCCCCCCCGGCCGGUGGACAUCCUGUCCCGGGGCAUCCGCGGCCCGGUCAUUGCCCUGGCCGAAGUGGGCCCCUUCCUCCAGGCCGAUGGGACCCUGGUCCUGGGGCUGGUCUUGUGUGGGGGCGAGGCCGGCGAGCUGUUCGAGGCCUGGCUGUCCUGCCCUGGGUCCGGGCUGUGCAUGGCCUCCAGCCUGGCCAGCCCCCAGUCUCUCGGGGUGGUGGCAUGCGUCGGGGUCCAGCGCCUCGGCCCGCAGGCGAUCGUCGCAUACUCCUCGGCAUUGGGUGUUGUCAUUCACCUGCAGGCCGAUCUGACCAGCCUGCGUUUCAAGAGCUUCUCCAUGAAGGGCGUCGGCCUGGUGGGCCUCCCCAGCGUGCGGGCCAACCGGUCCCUGCCCGCGUCCCGCGAUCCGGACCCCUGGCUGGUUGUCGGGACCCCGGGGUCGAACACGGUGGCCGGGCCGCUGGCCCUGCCGGCCAGGGACUCGCGCUGGCGUGGCCUCAGCCAGGGCUUCAUCACCCGCGACUUCCUCGACUCCGAGGCCCUGUAUGCGCCGGUGUACCUGCCGCGCGGCUCGCUGGGCUUCGGGUCGGAGCUCUUCUUCGCCCGGACCAGUGGCCAGCGGCUGGAGGUUGUCCGCGUGCCGGGGGACAUGCUGCCAUCCGGCCGGACCAUUCGCCUGGCCACCUCGCUGCAGGUCCUCGGGGACUAUCCCUCGGUGGUGGGGGGCGGCCUCGGCUUCCAGCGCGAGAUCCACUUCCAGGCCCUGUGCCUGGAUGGCUGGAGCAUGCCGGAAUACCCGAGCGCCCUGUUGCUCCUGACCCGGAAGUUCUUCGGGCUGUCGCUGCUCCGGUGUCGGUCGGCCAGCGAGCCGUGCUUCUUGCUCCCGGCGCGCUUUGCCCGGCUCUCCCCGGGGCUGGAGCUUCAGCCCGACGAGGACUUCUGGAUGCCCUUCAUCGCCCGGGUGCUUGAGCCUCCGGAGCCGGCCCGUGAGGGCACCGCCCUCACGCUAUGGACCCAUGGUCGGUCCAUCGGCGGUGUGGUCACCGGCUUGGAGUUUUCGUGCAGCUCUGGCCACUAUGGCCUGGAUUGUCGGCCAUGCCACCCGUCCUGUCGCCAGUGCAAUGGGCCCGGGGCGGCGGACUGCACCGUCUGCAUGCACUGGCUGCCCGGGGCCCCGCAGGAGUGCAUCGCCACCUGUCCGCCAGGCAGCAGUCCCGGCCCCCUUCCGCAGGACCCUUGCCAGUGCCAUUCGUCCUGUUCCCAGUGCGACAUAUCGGCCCACGCGCCAGUCCGGUGCAUUGACUGUCGGCCUGGGUUCGUUUUGCCGCCGGAUGAGCCGGCCCCGGCCGUGUGCCUGCCAUGCGCGCACCCCUGCCUCAGGUGCACCCUUCCCGAGCACCCGACCGCUUGCACUGCCUGCAUGCCGGGGAACUACUUCCACCAGGGGCAGUGUCUUCUCGCCUGUCCGGACGGCUUCUGGCCGGAUCACCUCGAGCUAAAGUGUGCUGCCUGCUCGGCGGCCUGUGCCUCCUGCAGCUCGUCCGACUUUUGCAUCGUCUGCAAGCCCGGCUGGUUCCGGCGAUCUGAUGGGCAGUGCAUUCGGUGCGAUGCGUCGUGCGCCAGCUGCCACGGGCUCGACAGCUGCCUCACCUGCCAGCCGGGCCUCGUCUUCUUGCAGACCGCCGAGCAGGUGGAUUCCCUUUGCGGCCGGACCUGCCCGCCAGGGGAGCUCCCCGGUGCCAGCCGGUGCGUCAAGUGCGACGACUCGUGCGGGCUCUGUGCCGUCGGCCCGAGCCAGUGUGUGGCGUGCGCCGAGGGGCACCGGUGGGCCUCGGGGCCGCCGCGCCCCGGCGGCACGGGGUCCUGUGUUCCCUGCCACCCGGGGUGCGCGUCCUGCACCUCUGGCAGCUGCCACGCCUGCGGGGGCGGGCUGCUGCUGACCCGGCAGGGCGACUGCGUGGCCGUCUGCCCGGCUGGCACCUACGGCACGGAUGAGUCCUGCCAGCCGUGCGAUGUCAGCUGCGCCACCUGCGUCGGGGGCCAGGCCGACCAGUGCGCCAGCUGCGCCGCCGGGCUGGCAUUGGCCGAGGUCGCCGAUGGGGUGGGCUCCUGUCGGUCGACCUGCCCGACCGGCGAGUAUCAUGAUGUCCCUUCCGGCAGCUGCAUGCCUUGUGACGCGGCGUGCGCCACGUGCAACGGCCCGUCGGACAGGGACUGCUGGCGCUGUGCCAGCGGUGUGCUGCAGGAUGGCGACUGUGUGCAGCACUGCGCCGCGAAGCAUGUGGCCCUGGCCGGGCGGUGCCUGCCCUGCCAUGUCUCGUGCGACCAGUGCGCCGGGACCCGGAGCACCGAGUGCCUGCCGGCCUGCCCGAGCGAGCUGCUGGCCCUGCCGGCCGGGGCGUCGCCCAUGCGCUGCGUGCCGGCCUGCCCGGUGGGCUACAGUGCCUCGGGCGCCGGGUGCACCCCCUGCGGGGAGCACUGCGCCAGCUGCCCCGGCCGGCCGGACGCCUGCGCCCUGUGCGACCGGGGCUGGCUGCUGGACGCCCCGCUGUGCGUGGCCUCCUGCCCGGUCCAGACCACGCCCCUGGGCGGGCAGUGCAUGGUGUGCGACGAGACGUGCGACGCAUGCUUCGGGCCCGGCCCGGAGGAUUGCGUCACAUGCGGCCGGCGGUUCCCGCUGCUCUUUGACGGCCGGUGCCUGGCCACAUGCCCCCCGGGGACCUUCCAAGAUGGCAAGGCUUGCCUCCCCUGCAAUGGGUCCUGCGCCGGCUGCAAUGGGCCCGAGCCUGUCCACUGUACCGCCUGCCCCGGGGGGCUGGUUCUCCACGUGGGCGUCUGCACGUCCGCAUGUCCGGAUGGCUUCUUCCCCGAGGGCGGGCUUUGUGUCCGCUGCGAGCCCACCUGCGCCACGUGCGACAACCCCGACACCUGCGCCUCGUGCGGCGCCGGGCGCUUCCUCUCGCCUGCCGGCCUCUGCGUCGACAGCUGCCCAGCCGGGGCUCAUGCGUGCGCCGCCAGCGGCCGGUGCCUCGCCUGCCCGGCGCACUGCGCCGAAUGCACAUCGUCCGGCGCCUCCUGCAUGCCGGCCUGCACCGGCUGCGAGGAGGGCUUCUUCCUGUCGGACGACCAGUGCGUUGCCUCGUGCCCGGCCGGCACGUACAGCCCCCCGGAGCUCGGCGCCUGUGCCGCGUGUGCUGCCUCCUGUCCGACGUGCGUCGAGCGGGCGGACCGGUGCACCAGCUGCGCGUCGGGUGUCCUCGCCGGCCAGCGUCCGGGCGCCGACGCGCUGCCGGUCGCCGUGCAGGACCUGGUGCGAGCCGCCUGGCAGGCGGACCCCGCCAUGCGGCCCCAUGCGGCCAUCCUGCGCCAGCAGUGCGCCGCACUCUUUGUGACUGCCGGUGGCCUGGGCAUCUCGCUGUGA